UUACAGCCGCACACCGCAACAGUCACAAAGCUCUGCUCGUUGCUGCGGUUUGGUUUUGUUUAUGUUUGCGUAUCGGUAGUGGCGGCGGCUUCGGCGUGACGACGACGGCGGUUUUCUAUGCUUAAUGCUUAUUUGCAGUAGUUCUACAUUAUAUAUUCCAACCAACACCACCAACAGUGUGGAGAACUCGGAAUACCCGCAUGCUUCGUGCAGAACCUCCGAAGUCAACGCAUUGCUGCCCGCGAUCAGACCAGUAUCCGACUGGCAACGGUUCGAUCAAGAACGCCUCUCGGUAAACCGCGUGGGCUGUGAUUCUAUCGGCGGCAGUGUUGAGUUGCGUUUCAGGUCUUAUUGCAAAAUUAAGAAAGUGUUCCUGAAGAACCAGAGUGUGCGGACAAUUGCAUGAAAAGUGCCGACAGAGGGAGAGACACAUAGGAAGGAAAAAGUGCUUAUUGUUGCCGGUUAGUCGGUGCUAAACCAAAACACACAUCAGCUUAAAGUGUCGCAGAAAGGCCACGGGGUUCGAGAAAAAAGGGCGAGGGAAGUGGGCAGUCGUCACACUGAAAGAAGUUAUUUUAAACCACCACAGAAACGGGUGUCUUCAAUGUUACUAAAAAUAAAGUGUUUCGUGUGGAGGCAUAAUAUAGGUUACGUCAAUAGAGCAGCAAAAUGGAAUAGCUAAAUAAUAACCACCGAGUUAGCCAAUGAGACGAUUGAUUCAGAUCGGCACACAAACAGGAAGGAGGUAUUCCGCACGUGAUUCUGCAUCGUAGCAGGAACGUGCUUGAUAUAUUUAUUGAGACUGUCAACAUUGACACCUAUCACCUUGAGUGGUGGCACGUUUUUGGCGGGCACAUUCAUGACCUCCAAAGAGAUCGGUUCAAAUUAACGAUGGUGUGAGCAUUUCCAACCACCGGAUCGAAUGAAACGGAGUCGCCGGGUGUGUGGCGCGGAGACUUCAAGGAUAACGAAUUCAGAAAGUCACAACGAACCGGAAACCCGAGGGAGGAGGUAAAGCUUCUCUCGUGAUCUGCUGGGUUAUGACGAAGCUCAUCUUGCUCAAUGUGCUGGGCACACUGUUAGGACCGGUACUAGUUUUAACGUUGCUUUUAACGCUCGACGGCUGCACCGGACAGCGCGAAUCACAGCUACGACUGGGGAAAGCGAUCAACAUCUUCAUCCGAUAUGGUUACUUGUCGAUAUCGAUGAAAGUGAUAUCGUACAAUGACAGCGAGACCUGGCUGUUCAAGGAGCCAACGAAGAAUAUUUUUAAGGGUUUGGAUCUUCUGAAAACGGAAGAGUACGAAGUGAAGCCAGGUAUCUUCAACGGCGAUUUUCACAUGGAGUUCUGUGACAAUAAACGCCAACUAUUCCAGGCAUAUUUCCGAGACUUCCAGAUCGAACGGUUGGAUAGUCCUUGGAGGGCAUACACCGAGGGUUGGCACACGGAGAUUGCCGCCAAAAAGCUAGGAAUCCAAAGCAAAUAUCUCGAGCGGGACGAUUACUGCUACGUGCUAGUGAGAGUUUCCCGGUUUCGCGACAGUUCCAAGUUUGCUAAAUCGAUUCCACCCAAUCAGGUGCUGGAAAGCGACGUGCAAAGAAGAGUACAAAGUGUAGCGGUCGGUGAUACUACUUCGGCCGUUCAGUUUAUGAACAAAUAUGGGACACAUUACAUCAAUUCCUAUGUGACUGGUAACUCUCUCUACCAGGUGUUUGUGUUCAAUAAGCGCAACUAUGCGCACAUCAAAGAAAAGCUCAAAUCGAAAGGCGUAUUGGCACUGUCCAAAGUGGACCUGUAUGACCAUUUUGCACCGUGGUAUGUGGAGCAUAUGGGAAAAAUUCGAUGCGCUAGCGGAAACACCACAGUGGAAGCGUGGGCGUCACGGAAGCUACGUCUUUCAUACUAUGUUUUCACCUACAGCAGCCUGCUCAAACUGCAUGGCGAUGGAGCUUUACUGAGGGUGCUGAGUGAACUGCUGCAGAAUGAAGCUAUUUUACAGCUGGACUUGAAAUCGCUUAGUAUAAUAUUUAAAGAUCCAGCGAAACGUGCUUGGUUUGAAGAAAUACUAGAUAACUAUCUCAAACUAUGGGAGGUCAAUAUGUAGUCAGGAGUAGGUAGAGCCGAUGAGUAUUCAAUUUCCUAUACAGCUCUUAGACAAUUCAUGCUCAAUUGGAAUAAUAAAAUUUUCAUUAACUUAACAUACGCAUAACAUGAACUAUUGUAAACAUACUAAUGCAAGCCAAAUCAAAAAGCGAGAUUCUUGCGUAAUUAUCUCGAAAUAAAUCUUAAAUAUUUUGACAAAAACAUGAACAUCUCUGGAAUAAAAUCUCAGUUGUGGUAAAGAAUUUAAAUUAAAUCUCUAAAAAACACUUCAACCCACCACUAAUCGUCUCAAUUAUCCUGUUAUGGCUUAGAAUCAGUUGCCAAUACGUCACAUGUGAGAUCAAAUAAGUUGAAGUACACAUCGGGAGGCACUUCUUACGCCUUGACUGUUAUAGGCUGCAUACCACCGGUUUGUUUAUUGAAAAACAUCAAAGUAUACGCCAGCGUUUGCGGCAAUCAAUGUUCCAGUGACAAAUAAAUGCACCAUUGGUUCGGUCAGCAAAUAGUUGCACGAUUUCGUUAGAACCCUAUGCAGUCACUUCCUCCUUCCCGCGAUAUGCCGUAGACAGGCACGUUUUGUAGCUACGAAAACAAAAAAUAUAUAUAUAAAUAAACACGUGCGCUGCCGGAGAUGUUCCAGAGCGCAGCAAUUCUAUUGAUUUGCAAGUGCGGAACUGAUGCCAAGCCAGUGCUUCGCCAAUUGCACCAACGUCAUCGAGAAGAAGAGAAAAACAAAACAGAUUGAAAAUAGAACGUUAUUUAACUUUUAAUAUUAUUAGUGCCAAGUAACUCGUCGCGUAGAUAGAACACAAUAGGGAGCAACAUGUAAGCAACUAUACAAAAUGAUCAAGAACAAUCAAUUCAACUACUUCACUGCUGUGAUAGAUUAGAUGAUAAAUAUAAAUAAGAUUCACCCGCGAGGCCCUGCUUUAGAAUUGUACUGCCGGAAGAAUUGAAGAUGUUAUUCCAGAGCACACGAAGGCAAUUGUAUUAAGACCGAUUCGAGGGUCGAAAAGGUGUAAUUAAAAGCCACUCUGGGUAUCCACUGAAAAGUUUAGGGCAAUAGUGGAUAAGCAUUUAGUUUAAACGAAGUUUGAGUAACAUCAUGCAUAUCAAAGAAUAGACAAACUGGCAAUGUGCUAGAGUAUUUAAUGUUCAUGUGAAUAUAAUUAACUAAUAUUGAUGAUAAUAAAGCUUUAAACUUGUAACUAGUG